UGUUUGCUUCUUUUUUGUGUCUGUACUCCUGAUCAUGUAUAUGUCUGCUUCUCUCUGUGUGUGUAUGUGUAAAUAUUAACUGUUUUUAUAUGCACUAACAUUCUUUUGUUUGGAUAUAAUGAGCGUGUUUGAUCACAUGAAGUAAGAUCUUUGUCACGGGAGUGUUUCUUUUUUGGGUUUUAUUUGCUUCUUUCUUUUUGGUUUUCGUUUGUGGAGUAAAAAUCGAUGAGGAUUUUGCCUCCAAACCGGAUCUUUUACUACUUGUCGAUCUGGUAAUUUUGUUUUUAUUUAUUUAUUUUUGGUUUUUUACUUUAAUUCUUGCUAAAAUUACUAGGUUUUACUGGUGUUAAAUGGUACUUUUCCUUCUCUUUUCUGGUUGAUUGUUGAUUCCAUGUUUGUAUGUGUGUGUUCUAACUGCUCAAUCUGUGUUUUUGGAUCCUUGGGUUAGUUUCUUGAUUUUUUGGGUUUUCUUCUGCUAUGGGUAAAUGAUCUUUUCAUUGAGAUGAUUUUUUGCUUUUUAUAUUCUAUCUUCUUAAAAUUUCCUGUUUGGCUACUGAGAAAACUGAUGGAAGUGAUGAUGAAAAAGAAAAGAUCGCAUUUUUCUAGUUCCUUCGACUCAACUUGAGUAAGCUCAGUUCAUUUGUAGCUAUUUUCAUUUCUGGUGUAAAUUAAUUGAAAUUCAGAUUUUCAUUCUUUCUCUUCUCUUUUUACUGUUAGCGGGUUGCUCCCUUAAUUUUCAUUUUUUUUUCCAAUGAAAAUUUGCUGUUCUUACAAAUUAUAACCUGCAAUUCAGUUAUGAUGGCUUUUACUCCAUUUGGAUCUUAAAAUUGAAGGACGAGAAAAAUAAUACAGAUAGUAAGCCAUUUUCAGUUUUACUUUUAACAAAUGAAAGUAUGUGCUGUGGAUCGGAGCGGUUGAAGCCCACACCGUCUCCAACACUUCCUGUGAUUUCUUUUGAAGACAGUAGACCAACCAACGUAGACAUGAAUCAUUUAACCGUUGAGACUGAAGAUACUUUUGCAAGCUUGCUUGAGCUUGCAGCUAAUAAUGACACUGAGGGCUUUAAGAGAUCAAUUGAAUGUGAUCCUUUGUGUGUUGAUGAGACUGGACUUUGGUAUAGUCGUCAGAAAGGCUCCAAGCAGAUGGUUAACCAAUAUAGAACCCCAUUGAUGGUCGCUGCAACUUAUGGUAGCCUUGACAUUAUAAGGCUGAUUCUGUCUCUAUCAGAUGCUGAUGUCAAUCGGACUUGUGGUUUAGAUAAGAGCACUGCCCUUCAUUGUGCUGCCUCGGGUGGGGCAGUGAAUGCUGUUGAUGCUGUGAAACUGCUUUUAGCAGCAGGUGCUGAUCCUAAUUUGGUAGAUGCCAAUGGUCAUCGACCAAUUGAUGUUAUUGUUGUUCCACCAAAGCUCCAAGGUGUGAAAUUUACUCUUGAAGAACUUCUUGCCACUGAUGGUUCUGUUAUUGAGCGCAAUUUGAGGGUUUCCACACCUACCUCAAAUUCAAAUUCUCCACCUCUUUCACCUUCAGUGGAAAAUGGCUCCCCAUUGUCUGCAUCAGAUUCUCCUGUGAAGUCAAAGCUAAAUGAUGCACCUGUUUUCUCUGCAUCAGAGAAAAAAGAAUACCCAGUUGAUCCAUCUCUGCCAGACAUCAAGAACAGCAUCUACUCAACUGAUGAAUUCCGAAUGUAUUCAUUCAAGGUGCGGCCCUGUUCCCGUGCCUACUCCCAUGAUUGGACUGAGUGCCCAUUUGUUCAUCCAGGGGAAAAUGCUCGAAGAAGGGAUCCUAGGAAGUUCCAUUACAGUUGUGUUCCAUGUCCUGAUUUUCGGAAAGGGGCUUGCAGACGGGGAGAUAUGUGUGAAUAUGCUCAUGGAGUUUUUGAGUGCUGGCUUCAUCCAGCUCAAUAUCGUACCCGGCUUUGCAAAGAUGGUGUAAGUUGUGCUAGGAGAGUUUGCUUUUUUGCCCAUACUGUGGAGGAACUCCGUCCAUUAUAUUUAUCCACUGGUUCUGCUGUUCCCUCUCCUCGCUCAAGCACUUCUGGUGCCACUGCAAUGGAUUUUGCUGCUGCCAUGAGCCUCUUGCCAGGUUCUCCUUCUUCAGUAUCUGUUAUGUCUCCAUCACCAUUCACUCCACCCAUGUCUCCAUCUACCAAUGGUAUGUCACAUUCUUCUGUUUCUUGGCCCCAACCAAAUGUCCCAGCCUUGCAUCUCCCUGGAAGCAAUCUUCAGUCAAGUCGCUUGAGAUCUUCCCUUAAUGCAAGAGACAUUCCAGCUGAGGACUACAGCUUGCUGCCAGAUUUUGAUGUGCAGCAGCAGCAGCUCCUAAAUGAGUUAUCCAGUCUAACUCAAUCAUCUUUGAGUAACAACUCCUUGAACCGUUCUGGUCGUUUGAAGGUCCUAACCCCUUCAAACCUUGAUGAUCUCUUUUCCGCAGAGAGCUCUUCUCCUCGGUAUGCUGAUCAAGCAUUGGCAGCAGCUGUUUUCUCCCCAACUCACAAGUCUGCUGUUCUCAAUCAAUUCCAGCAGCAGCAAAGCAUGUUAUCACCGAUCAACACAAAUUUUUCUCCUAAAAAUGUUGAUCACCCUCUGUUGCAGGCCUCUUUUGCAUCAGGCAGGAUGUCACCUCGGAAUGUGGAACCCAUUUCCCCUAUGAGUUCUCGAGUGUCUAUGUUGGCUCAACGUGAGAAACAGCAACAGCAACUACGUAGCCUCAGUUCUCGAGAAUUAGGCUCCAACCCUGCUGCCAUUGUUGGCUCCCCAGUAAAUUCUUGGUCAAAAUGGGGUUCUUCAAAUGGGAAACCAGACUGGACUGUUGGUACUGCUGAUGAGUUGGGUAAGCUUCGCAGAUCAAAUUCAUUUGAGCUUGGUAAUGGAGAGGAGCCUGAUCUAUCAUGGGUACAAUCACUUAUUAAGGAGUCUCCAAAUGAGAUUAAAGAAAAGUUGGCCAUGCCCGUCUCCACUGGCAUUGCAGCUAGUGCUUCUUCAAGCGAGGGUCUGAUUAUGAACUCCCAAAUUGAAUCAGUUGAUCAGGCAGUGGGGGCAUGGAUUGAGCAAUUGCAGAUUGAUCAGCUUGUGGCUCAGCAAAAUUAAAAUCAUUUCUACUGAGUCUCUUUAGAUACUGAAAACAGGCAAGGUUUUGGUAGAUAAUUUCAUGUUUUUUUUUGGGGUUUUGUUGUUAGUGGCGUUGAGGGUAACAUUAACAACACAGGAAGGAGAAGUGAGAAAGUUCACUUUGGAAAGGGAAAAAUAUUCAUUCACCAUUUUAUUGUUACAACAGAAGUUAGGGAAAAAAAGGGUGAGAUAACCUUCUGGGUUAGAAUCUAAAGAAAUUGAGCCCAGGCUAGGUGUAUUUUUUUCCUUAAAAUAUUAUAUUUCUUUUAUUGUCAAUUUUUUAACCUUUUUAGGAUGAGCAACAUGUUAAAGUUUCAAUGCAACUGAAUUGCUAUGUUUAUCACCUCUUGUAUUCACAAUGACCUUAAAAUUCAAUAGAGAGCUAUGAGUCUAAUGUAAGGAGGGCUUUUCAUGAAGGCUACAGGGUUCUCGAAUAUGCUACAUUUGUGGGAAUGGAACCUGGGAGCAGAUGAUUUGGUGUUGAUAAUUUUGGGUCUCAGUAAUUUAGAGGUAUAAUAAAGUUGUGAAAAGAUGUAACUAGUUCAUUAUUGCUAUUAUUCUAUUACCUUUUAUUUCAUGUACAUCUAGUUCUGUGUUAUAUUAUUAUGUUAAUCUCUUAUGUCUUCUCAAGUGGAUUUUGGUUUUGGAGAUGGAAUUGGAAUCUGAGCUGUGGAUUCCAAAUCCAAGUGGUGGGAUUUCAGAAUUUAUGUGGAAUGUGUACAUGAGAUUAGAUGGAUAAAGAAAAUGCUUUUUUUUUA